GGGGCUGGGCGACGUCUAAAGAAGCAGGGGCUCCCCUGGGGAGACCGCCUGAGGCCGGGCCACCCUGAGGGCUGAGCCAGCCAAGUGCCCCACCCGCUGGGGCCUCGGGGAUGACUGACUCCUGGAGGCUGUAGCCGAGGGGGAGAAGCUCGGUGGUCGGUGGUACAGUGCUCUGGCCGGUGCCUCGGCCACUGGGAAAUGCCAUAGGGGAACAUCGAGUAAGGGACCGCGGAGUCCGCGGAAGAAAUAUCCCCUUUUCCAAGAUGGCGGCUCCCGUAGAGACACUCCCAAGGGGACAGCCAUGUUCCUUGCCUGACAAAGUCACUAAAGAAAAUUGGAAAGCACGCCUCCCCUCUGGCACACACGCACACGCACGCACCGACAUGGUAUAAGUGCACUGGGAAUAGUCGCGGGCGAGCGGCCGCUUCCAAACUGACACUGAGCAUGCGCACAUCAAGUCCUGACGCGCCGGGGUCCCUUGAAGAGUUGCAGGACUUCGGCCUCUGGGAGUUUAACUGAGGCGGAUUUAGGGCCAGGCCAGUUAAACAGAGAUAGUUAUGGGGGUGUUAUGACAGGGAUUUUGUACUCAGUGAUGGUACGCAGAAGGGUAACGGAACUUCUUUCUGGUCACUUAUAGGGAGGUGCAGAGAGCGAGUGAUAGGUUUUGAUAAGGCAAACCCCCAUCUAUUAUUUGGCGGUGUGUCAGCCACUUGAGACCCCGAACCCUAAGGGAAGACACGCAUCAGCAUAAUACUAACCUAUUAUUUGGCCUGUCAACUCAUCUAUUACCUGGUACAUCAGCAUAACACUGAACCUAUUACUGAGCCAUCAACAUAAUACUAAACUAUUACCAGGUGGGCAUUAGUCACCUGAUACCCUACCCCUCGGACCACCCCAACUUAACAAUAGUGGGAAAAAUCAGAUAGACCGGGCUCAGAAUUUGGUGGCGAGACCGCUCUGAGCACUCGGCUGGCGAAUAAACUUUGAUACUCCAACUCUACGUGUGCCGCUCGGUUUGUCCUCGGGACCACCCGCUGUAACACUUGCUGUAACGUUUUGAGGGGUUUCUUGGAGCCUCUGCAGAGUCUGGGGGCCAGACCGCUUAGUGGGAACUACAAGAUCUUCCUUCCGACCCCAACUUGCUUCACCCCAGCAGCUCUGGUUGAGUCCGCAGAUGCCAGCCCAGCUUCAACCCCUGGGACGAGUGGAGCUGUCAGCAGGAGAGCCUGAGGCCUGAGGCCCAGUGUGGACAUGGCAGCUAAUGGGGACUCUCCCCCAUGGUCCUCAGCCCCGGCAGAGGGACAUGGCAGUUCAUGUGAGUGCUGACCAUGCUGCCUUGAACAGGAUUGUGUUGUUACAGGUACCAGUGUCAUUUGAGGAUGUGACUGUGGACUUCAGCAGGGAGGAGUGGCAGCACUUGGACCCUGCUCAGAGACGCCUAUACUGGGAUGUGACACUGGAGAACUACAUCCACCUGCUCUCAGUGGGGUAUCGAGUUCCCAAGCCAGAGGCCGUCUUCCAGCUGCAGCAAGAGGAGGGGCUGUGGACACUGGAGGGGGAAGCCCCACACCAGAACAGUUCAGGUGAGGCUCUUGGGAAAACUCAACAACAGGGAAUUUCUGGAGAAGUUUCAUUCCACUGUGAGAGAUUUGAUCAACCCAUAGGAGAAGAUUCUUUGUGUCCCAUUUUAGAAGAACUGUGGCAAGAUAACAACCAGCUAGAGAGAUAUCAUGAAAACCAGAAUAACCCUUUAAGUUACAUAAAACUAUUGAUUAAGGAGAAGGGCUAUGAAUUUAAAAACUUUGAAAAAAUAAUUCAUGUGACUACCAAGCUUAUUCCUUCAAUUAAAAGACUCCAUAACUGUGACACAUUUGGAAAGAGUUUGAAGCAUACUUUAAAGUUACAUAAUCAUAACAGAAGCAAUGCAACAAAAAGCCUUGGUAAGAGUUUUGAAAAUGGUAACAAUUUGGCCCAUAGCUCUUCCUCUACUAAGAAUGAGAAAAUUAAGACAGGAGCGAAUUCCUAUGAAUAUAAUCAAUGUGAGAAACAUCUUGGCCACAAACAAGCUCUCAUCCACCAUCAGAAAAUUCAUACUGGGGAGAAACUGCAUGUGUGUACUGAAUGUGUAAAGGGCUUCACCCAGAAGUUACAUCUCUUUGAGCAUCAGAGAAUUCAUGCUGCAGAAAAAUCCCAUGAAUGUGACAAAAGUGACAAACUCUUCACUCAGAAGCCACAAAUUGGUGUACAUCAGAGUGUUUAUACAGGGAAGAGACCUUAUCUAUGUACUCAAUGUGGGAAGGCCUUUACCCUCAAGUCAAACCUUAUUACACAUCAGAAAAUUCAUACUGGGCAGAAACCCUAUAAAUGCAGUGAAUGUGGAAAAGCCUUUUUCCAGAGAUCAGAUCUCUUCAGACAUCUGAGAAUUCAUACAGGAGAGAAACCUUAUGAAUGCAGUGAAUGUGGAAAAGGAUUCUCCCAGAAUUCAGACCUCAGUAUACAUCAGAAAACUCAUACCGGAGAGAAACACUAUGAAUGCAGUGAAUGUGGAAAAGCUUUCACAAGAAAAUCAGCACUCAGGAUGCAUCAGAGAAUUCACACAGGAGAGAAACCUUAUGUAUGCACUGAAUGUGGGAAGGCCUUCAUCCAGAAAUCACACUUCAAUACACAUCAGAGAAUUCACACCGGAGAAAAGCCUUAUGAAUGCAGUGACUGUGGGAAAACAUUCACUAAGAAGUCACAACUCCAUGUGCAUCAAAGAAUUCACACAGGAGAAAAACCUUAUAUAUGUACAGAAUGCGGAAAGGUCUUUACUCAUAGGACAAAUCUCACUACACAUCAGAAAACUCAUACUGGGGAGAAACCUUAUAUGUGUGCUGAGUGUGGGAAGGCUUUUACUGAUCAGUCAAAUCUCAUUAAACACCAGAAAACUCAUACUGGAGAGAAACCCUAUAAAUGCAAUGGCUGUGGAAAAGCCUUCAUAUGGAAGUCACGUCUCAAGAUACAUCAGAAAUCUCAUAUUGGAGAGCGACACUAUGAAUGCAAGGAAUGUGGAAAAGCCUUUAUCCAAAAGUCAACACUAAGUGUGCAUCAGAGAAUCCAUACAGGAGAGAAACCCUAUGUUUGUCCUGAAUGUGGAAAGGCCUUUAUCCAGAAAUCACACUUCAUUGCACAUCAUAGAAUUCAUACUGGAGAGAAGCCUUAUGAAUGCAGUGACUGUGGUAAAUGCUUCACAAAAAAGUCACAACUCCGUGUGCAUCAGAAAAUCCACACAGGUGAGAAGCCCAAUAUAUGUGCCGAAUGUGGAAAGGCCUUCACUGACCGGUCAAAUCUCAUAACACACCAGAAAAUCCAUACUCGGGAGAAACCCUAUAAAUGCAGUGACUGUGGAAAAACUUUCACCUGGAAGUCACGCCUCAACAUACAUCAGAAAUCCCAUACUGGAGAGAGAGACUAUGAAUGCAGUAAAUGCGGGAAAGCUUUCAUCCAGAAAGCAACACUAAGUAUGCAUCAGAUAAUUCAUACAGGGAAGAAACCUUAUGCUUGUACAGAAUGUCAGAAGGCCUUCACCGACAGAUCAAAUCUCAUUAAACACCAGAAAACGCAUAGUGGAGAAAAAUGCUAUAAAGCCAUUGACUGAAAAAACCUUCACCUGGAAAUGACAAUUGGUUAUGCAUCAGGUAUCUCCUAGUGGGGGAGAGUAAUGCCUGAUGCUGCAAUCAUUGUGCAGGGAGAAGUAGAUAUGAGAGACUGGCUUGAGUGAACAGAAGACAAAAAGAGUAAAGUAUCCAUCAGUUCACUGGAAAUAGAAGUCCCUGCAUCACCACAGUUGAUAUGCAAUCAUAUGCGUAGGGAGAUCCUUCAGAUAAAGCAUUGGAGCAAUAGUCAUGUUUAGUUACAUGAUUGAUACAGGGACUCUCAAGGUCCUGUAAAUGGUAGAAAUAAUGACCCAAGGAGAUGACUUGUCAUCUCUUGUGUUUCACUUUUUGGAUAAAGGACUUUGUAAAUCAUUGAUUAGUUCUUCAUACUCUGGGACAUAAAAGUACUCAAUACUAGCCAAUUUUUUUCAAAUUUCUAGGUUGGGAAGAAGAGUUUUCAUUGUCUAAACACUUGCAGGGCACUAACAUCAAGGCAACAAAAAAAACUAUUUUGGAAUGCAGAUCUAUGAAUAGAAUCCAGAAGUCUUUGUGAUCAUUGGCAUUUAAGACAUAGAAAAGACUUCCAUGAAGAACUGUUUUUUCUCUUCCCUUCGGGAAAUCACCAUGGUAUAUAUAUUUUAAGUGAAAUAUAAUAUUUAAACUUAAA